AUGGCCAGCGCCGCGGCGAUCCUCUGCGCCUUGCUCUUGAUUGCGUUCGUGCGGGCGGUCGUGCAGAGGAAGACAGAUCCCAUAUAUCGUAUCCCGACCGUAGGCGGGUCGUCGGCCCCUCUCCUCUCAUAUAGGACUGCCUUCAACUUUCUCCUUCAUGCGAAACACCUCAUCCAGGAGGGAUACAGCAAGUACCCGAUCUUCAAGGUUGCAAUGUUCAACCAGUGGAUCGUGGUCGUCAGUGGUGCAGAACUGAACGAGGAGUUGCGCAGAAUUCCUGACGAGGACAUGUCAUUCUUUGAGGCUGCCGAGGAGUUGGUCCAAGCGAAGUAUACCAUCGCUCCCGAAAGGCACGAGUCUCACCUCACGGCGAUUCGAAACCAACUCACGAGGAAUAUUUCGCUUGUGCUGCCGGAUAUGAUCGACGAGAUCACAACUACGCUCAAGGAGCUUGUACCGGCAAAAGGCGACGGCAAGUCUCCUUGGAACAAAUGGGUCGCUGUUCCGGCCCUCGAAUCCGUGAGGAGUAUCGUGAUGCGUACGACUAACAGAAUCUUUGUCGGGCUCCCCCUGUGUCGGGAUCCCGAAUACAUCGAGAUAGUGACGACCUAUUUGGAUGGUGUCAUGAAGGGCUGUGCAAUCCUUUUUCUCUUGCCAGGUUUCUUGAAACCGUUCGUCGGGCCUAUACUACCUUGGGUAAAGAGAUCGAUUCGACGCCUGUACCCAGUUUUGGCCCCCACGGUCAAAGAGCGAAUAAGACAGCUCGAAGAGCAUAAGAAGACGUCGGAGGACCUGACGAUGUGGACGCUCGAAGAAAUGGCAGACUUCAAGCAAAGAGAUCCGAUUGAGAUAUUAACGCAAUGUACCCUGUCAUCCAACGCUGUGGCGCUUCAUACUACGUCCCUUACAAUGGCUCAUGCACUGUACGAUCUGGCUGCCCAUCCCGAGUACAUCAAGCCUUUGCGUGAGGAAAUUGAAUCAGCUAUCAAACAGGAAGGCUGGACGAAGGCCGCAAUGGGCAAAAUGUGGAAGGUCGAUAGCUUCUUGAAAGAGUCAUCGAGAGUGCAUGGAGUUACUGUGUUUUCUCUGAUGCGCAAGGCGGUAAGGGAUCUGACGUUAUCUAACGGGACAUCCAUCCCCGCGGGCUGCUUUGUCACUGCAACGACAACAUCUACGCACAUGGACGGCGAGCUCUACGACAGACCUGAAGCCUUUGAACCUUUCCGCUUCUCUGAUAAGAGAGCACAGGAAAACGAGAAGACUAAAAAUCACUUUGUUACCACUUCAUCGGGUUUUCUGCUUUUUGGCCAUGGCAAACAUGCCUGCCCCGGUCGAUUCUUCGCAGCGAGCCAGCUCAAGCUUAUAUUGAUCAUUACCGUCCUCUCUUACGAUAUUAAGUUUGCAGAUGGAAAGCGGCCAGAGAAUGAACUCAUGGCCACCACGAUCUUUCCUAGUAGGAGUGCAAAGAUGAUGUUUAGGCUACGACAGGAUGCUCCUGUAGCAUUGUAG